AUGGCUCCCAAACAGAAGGGUGGUCAGAAGCCCAAGGCCAACACCGCGGAUGAAGUGGAGGAGACUUUCCAGGCAGUGGUCCUUGCGGAUACCUUCGAGACACGAUUCGAGCCGUUCACACGCGACAAGCCCCGAUGCCUUUUGCCGCUCGCGAACACACCAUUGAUUGAAUACACGCUCGAAUUCCUGGCCAACGCAGGUGUGGAGGAGGUUUUCCUAUAUGGAGGCGCGCACUCAGACCAAUUGGAGAAAUAUCUCAAUGCCUCGAAAUGGAGAGCGCUUUCUUCCCCUUUCAAGCAACUCAGCUUCCUCAAGUCGACUUCCACCUCCGUUGGUGACGUUAUGCGCGACCUGGACGGCAAACAUCUUAUCACCGGAGACUUCAUUGUCGUGAGCGGCGAUGUGAUCAGCAACCUGCCUAUCGAAGGAGCCCUUGCUCAGCACCGCAAGCGCCGAGAGUCCGAUAAAAAUGCGAUUAUGACCAUGGUGCUGAGAGAAGCCGGUCUCAACCACCGGACCAAGUCAUCAUCGGUCUCUCCGGUGUUUGUGAUUGACCCUACCAAGGACCGCUGUCUCCACUACGAGGAGAUUGACCACCACGGAAAUGAGGGACAGCCAGCUCGCUUGAACAUCGACUCGGAACUCAUCUUGUCAAACCUCGAACUCGAUAUCCGCCAAGAUCUGAUCGAUUGCAGCAUCGACAUCUGUACCCCGGAUGUCCUGAGCUUAUGGUCGGAUAGUUUCGAUUAUCAGUCACCCCGCAAGCACUACUUGCACGGUGUUCUCAAGGAUUACGAACUGAACGGCAAAACUCUCCACACAUACAUCAUUAAGGACCACUAUGCUGCACGUGUGCGCAACCUGAAGGCUUACGACGCCAUUAGCAAAGACAUCCUCUCACGCUGGACAUAUCCCCUGUGCCCGGACACGAAUCUGCUUCCCGGCCACUCUUACGAUCUUCGCAAGGGUAGCUUAUACCAAGAGAAGGGCGUGACUCUGGCACGAUCCUGCGUGAUUGGCCGUCGCACAGUCAUUGGAAAGGGGACAAGCAUUGGUGACCGGACUGAAAUCAGGAACACCGUGUUGGGCCGAAACUGCAAGGUUGGCCGCAACGUCAAGCUGGAGGGUGCCUACAUUUGGGAUAAUGUUGUGAUUGGUGAUGGAGUAGAUGUUCGGGGAGCAAUUAUCGCUGACGGCGUGGUCCUCGGCAACAACUGUACCGUUGCAGCUGGCGCUCUUCUUUCGUACGGUGUGAAAAUUGCCGACGGCAUCUCAAUCGAAAGUGGGAAGCGUAUUACGAGGACGCGGAUCGAUGGAACUGUGGGCAAGAACGAUCCCGCAGUCGUUGGCGAAGGUGGUGAGGGCUAUGAAUUCAUUCAUGGCGAGGAAGAGGACGACGAUGACGACGAUGAUGUGAGCGUUGCCUCGUCUGGACUUGUCUACCGUAUGCCCGGUCUUUCACUCUCCUCUGCCUCUAUCUCAACCCUGUCAUCGGAUCUUUCAGAUAACUCGUGGGGACAAUCUGAAGGGAGCAUACUUUCCGACGACGAGGAGUCAGAUAACUUCCAUCAUGACGCAUCAAUCAGCUUGUACGACAGUCUACGAGAGGGAGUUGCAGCGGAUGUGGUUCAGCUGGAGCUGGUCACUUUACGUAUGACUGCCAACGCAUCAGACAACCAGGUCCGUCGGGCUAUCGUUGAGGCAUUUAUGAAACACAUUGAGCAACUCAUCGAGGGUGGCAAGGGAGCCGGUCCUGCCGUUAACGAGGUCUUUACCGCAUACAAAGAGGUCGUUGAGCGCACUCUGUUUGACCGCAAUAAGGAACAAAAGAAGGACCAGGUCGACCUGCUGAUUCUGCUCCAACAGGACCUUAUUGCCCGCAGCAAGGGAGACACAGUGCUUCUGUUCACAGCCAAAUCCCUUUAUGAGCUUGAGCUUGUUGAGGAGGAAGCUUACGAUCAGUGGUGGAACGAUGAGCGUUCUAGCAACACCGAAGAGAUGCGUACUGUUCGUGCCCAAGCUCAACAAUUUGUUGACUGGCUGGCCGAUGCUGAGGAAGAAAGCAGCGAGGAAGAAGAAAGCGAGGAGGAGAGUGAUGAAGAUGACGUGUGGCGCAGAAACAGAACCUCUACUCCUGGCAAGUUUGCCACUUCAUUCACCACGCCUCCCACCACGCGAAAGAGAACGGCGGCCGAGGCGGCCAUUGACAACGAGCCUCUGCCAGCCGCCCAAGGGCACCGGACCGCAACAUCCAACCGUACGCGGAAGACCGACGCAUCGCCGACCGCGACCUCCGACACCACCGAGAGACCCGGUUCUGCUAGUCCUGCCAGCCGAAAAAGGGGCUUUCUAGGGACGCCCGCAUCAACCACCGUCAGCAUGGACUCGGACGAUGACUUCAUGAGUGAUGUCUCCAGUGAUGAGUUUCUAGGCACCCAAGGCUCCGACAACGAGAGUCUGGGCGAAGACUUCGGUGACCUUGACACCGGUUUCUCGGACGACAAGGAUCUUAUUCGGAAUAAGCGAAAGCCAUACGAGGUCGAAUUCAAAGUGCUUGAUCCACCGGACAUCGACCAGGAGCAGAACACGCAGGUUGACGAGGUAUGCGCCGUGCUCGGGUUGCCACCAGAGUCGGCUGCGAUUCUGCUGCGCUUCGGUCGGUGGAACAAAGAGAAGUUGAUCGAGUCAUAUAUGGAACAUCCGGAAGAGACAUUAGAGGAUGCUGGUCUUGGUACGAACUUUGAGGGAUACGCGAAGACAGAGCUUGUACCGGGAUUCAUGUGUGAUAUCUGUUGCGAGGAGGGAGAUGACCUCGAGACAUAUGCGAUGCGCUGUGGUCAUCGGUUCUGUGUUGACUGCUACCGCCACUACUUGGGACAAAAGAUCAAGGAAGAGGGUGAGGCCGCUCGCAUCCAGUGUCCAGGAAAUGGGUGCAGCCGGAUUGUAGAUUCGAAAUCAAUGGAUCUUCUGGUGACGAACGAUCUUAAUGAAAGGUAUCGCGAACUUUUAACUCGCACCUACGUCGACGACAAGGAAAAUUUGAAGUGGUGCCCUGCCCCCAACUGCAAAUAUGCUAUUGAUUGCGGGGUGAGAGCCCGCGACCUUCGCCGUGUGGUUCCCACCGUGCGAUGCUUCUGCAAGCAUGAGUUCUGUUUUGGUUGCACUCUUGCCGACCACCAACCUACGCCAUGCACAUUGGUCAAAAUGUGGCUCCAGAAAUGUGAAGAUGAUUCUGAAACCGCGAACUGGAUCUCCGCCAAUACCAAAGAGUGUCCGAGAUGCAACUCCACCAUUGAAAAGAAUGGUGGCUGCAACCACAUGACUUGCAGAAAGUGCAAGCACGAGUUCUGUUGGAUGUGCAUGGGCCUCUGGUCCGAGCAUGGCACCAGCUGGUACAACUGCAACCGAUACGAGGAGAAGUCAGGCUCGGACGCCCGCAGCGCCCAAGCCAAGUCACGUUCAUUCCUCGAGCGCUAUUUGCAUUACUACAACCGAUAUGCAAACCACGAGCAGUCCGCGAAGCUUGACAAGGAUUUAUAUCUCAAAACCGAGAAGAAGAUGACUAGUCUUCAAUCGCAAUCCGGUCUGUCCUGGAUAGAAGUGCAGUUCCUGGACACCGCGUCACAAGCAUUGCAGCAAUGUCGUCAAACUCUGAAAUGGACUUACGCGUUUGCAUUCUACCUUGCACGCAACAACCUGACUGAAAUCUUCGAGGACAACCAGAAAGACCUGGAAAUGGCCGUUGAAAGUCUGAGCGAAAUGUUUGAGAAACCCGUCCCCGAGCUCGCGGAGCUCAAGGUCGACAUCUUAGAUAAGACCGCCUAUUGCACCAAGCGUCGAGUGAUCCUGCUCAGCGAUACCGCCGAGAAUUUGAAAAAUGGUAAGAUUUCUUCUUUGGAUCAACAGCUCUGGCAUCUUGACUAA